AACGUCGGUUGUGUUGUGUUCUGCAGUAGACACGUCGGGGUACACCGGUUUCGUUUUUUCUUCUGUUUUUUAGCUCCGUUUUUUCUCAGUCUAUCUGUCUCUCUCUCUCUCUCGAUCUGUGUCUCUCUUCUAUAUCGGCUUUUGCGUUCAUCCCGCGUGUCUGAGUUGCCUGCCUUUUCGGCGCCAAGUUUUCCACCAACAUCAGCUCCGGGAGAAGAAGUAUCAACUGAAAAAAAAAAGGAAGAAGAGUGCCCCUCCAACUUGCCCGAUUAGUUUUCUUCAUCACUAACAGAAAAAAAAAAAAAGAACAGCAAGAGAGAGCAGGAGAGAGAAAACUUCACCCGACCUACAAGUUCCCCAUCCAAAGUCCUCACCUCCCUGUGUGCUAUUACGGUGUGCUUUUUCAGCGUCGUCUGCUAUACAGCGCAAAGAGAAUCGUCUGCUUCGUCGUCGUCUUCCACGCAGGACGUGUUUGUCGUCUGCUUGCUUACUGCGUGGUGAUUGGACGCGUGGCCGUCGUCGCGUCGUCUGCUUCGUUACGAGUGUGCAGAAGGCCUCCCCCACGAGUACGUCGCUAGCGCGAAAGAGUUUGAAGAGAGCGAAGUACGCAGCGCAGAGGUCCAGCCUCCGUCAAAUCGCUUUUGUUGCACAAGAGAACGCACAAGUUCCACGCCGCGUGGUCGCUGCCCCACCCGCACAGACAACCGGAGGUGACAGAAAAGAAAACAAAGCCCUUGUUUGCUCGCUCAGCAGACGACAAAGGUCUAAUCUCGCGAACCACCGGGAUUCUCCGUGAGACCAGCUUCGUGUUCACGUGGCCGAACCUUCGUUCCUUUUCCUCCAACUGGUGAUCGCCGACUCAGAAGAUAAUCCGCGCUCAACAACUGUCCUCCCCUCGGUAUUGGCUACUCCAAACACCUCAUCACCACGACGAGUUUCGCUUGGGUUAACUCUUCGGAGAGCGGUCUUUCGAACCAAGCUUCCCAAAUGAAUGGCAUGGACACCGGUCCGUCGGUGCAGUCUUCGCAGCAGAAUGGGACGCUGCACGGCUCGUCGGCGCAGCAGCAACAGCAGGGCUCGGCCGAGGACUCCAAGACCAACUUGAUCGUCAACUACCUGCCGCAGACCAUGACGCAGGAGGAGAUCCGGUCCCUCUUCUCCUCCAUCGGAGAGGUCGAGUCCUGCAAGCUCAUCCGGGACAAGGUCACCGAAGAAGGCACCUCACCACCGAUCCGUCAAAGCCUAGGCUAUGGCUUCGUGAACUACGUCCGUCCGGAGGACGCCGAGAAAGCAAUCAACACGCUGAACGGACUGCGAUUACAGAACAAGACCAUAAAGGUGUCGUAUGCCCGCCCUAGUAGUGAGGCUAUUAAGGGUGCCAACCUGUACGUCAGCGGACUGCCCAAGUCCAUGACUCAGCAGGAUUUGGAAGGGCUCUUCUCUCCCUAUGGCCGCAUCAUCACUUCGCGCAUCCUCUGCGACAACAUCACCGGUCUGUCCAAGGGCGUCGGCUUCGUGCGCUUCGACCAGCGCGUGGAGGCCGAGCGCGCCAUCAAGCACCUGCACAACAGCGUGCCGGCCGACGGGGGCGCCACGGAGCCCAUCACCGUCAAGUUCGCCAACAACCCGAGCAACAACGCCAAGGCGAUCGCGCCGCUGGCCGCCUACCUGUCGCCGCAGCGCCGCUUCCCGGGACCCAUACACCACCCGGCUAACCGCUUCAGCCGGUACUCUCCGCUGGCGGGUGACCUGCUGGCCAACCCGCUGCUGGCCGGCUCGGCCAUGAACGGCUCCGGCUGGUGCAUCUUCGUGUACAAUCUGGCGCCGGACACGGAGGAGAACCUGCUGUGGCAGCUGUUCGGCCCGUUCGGGGCCGUGCAGAGCGUCAAGGUCAUCAGAGACCUCCAGACCAACAAGUGCAAGGGCUUCGGCUUUGUCACCAUGACCAACUACGACGAGGCGCUGGUCGCCAUCCAGAGCCUGAACGGCUACACGCUCGGCAACCGCGUGCUCCAGGUCUCCUUCAAGACCAACAAGUGCAAGUCUUAAGGCGCUCGUCUACACACGUACAGACACACGUGCAGACACACCCACACACACACACACACACUUUUCUGUUUCCUCCACCGUCCGGUACAUGUGUGCGUCUUGCUGAAGAUAGAUCGUUAUCUGGGUAGAAAACCGCGAGGCCCUUGCUGCUUCCAAAGGACAGAUACGCUGUUAUCAUUAAGGUCUAGGGCUGGAAUAAGUGCUAAAUAAUUGCCUGUACACUGAAGCUCAAGCACGAGUGAUCGGGCUAAAGCUUGUCUAUUUCUUGUUGCUGCUGUCAUCAUUUGACAUUGGCUGAGCGAGGACAAAGUAAUGGAUGCACGUUUCCCGACUUGCACUGCCAAACAAAAGAAAGCCAUGCUUUUCAAUGCUUCACUUAAGAAUUGCUUUGUUGAAUUAAGGAGCAAAAUUUUGUGCCCGCAAGAGACACCACCAAUGCAGGUUUGAUCGGUAACCAGGUCAAUUGUUCGAUUUGGGUUUGUCCUCGUAAACACCCGACGAGGGUUUGAAUCCCUCGUGACAUCAUUGGCGUUCACGAACUACCUUCAGCCCUGACGGUCCAACGUGCCACUGUUGUACCGGACGGUCAGCUAGACACAAACUUUACCCCCUCCCCCUUUUAUUACCUAACCGCUCCCCCACCUAAUCGUAAAGAAAAUAGGGAAAUACUACGUGUACGAUGUUGCUUAAAAAACCCGGAAAGCUUCUCUUCAAUGAAACUGGGACACAACACACAGAUAGAAAGAGAAAUCACAUACCUUGGUGACACACACACGACGCAUUUCACUCACACAGACAGCGGCACAGACCGACACUGAGACCGGAGCACCCUUGUCGUUAGCCCUUCACCGAAUGACUCUUAAAAAAGCGCAGAUGACGUUUGACGCUGGGAGAUGGGAAGCAAGAAACGGGACGCUGGAGCUGAAAAACCAGAACGUUGAGGGCCCUACGAACGCGAUACGCUGAUGGUUUGUCGAAGAGAAGAAAAAAAAAAACUUCGCCCGUGCUUUUGCGGACUCUCUCAACUUCCAAACUGAUAGAGACCGCGUGUUUAUUAGUCAGUUCGCGCGCAGAUCGCUUUCAACAGACGGCAUCGUGGAAUUUCGAGGCCGGCAGUUAUUUCUCCAACUCUUGAUAAUUCGUGUGUAGAACUUGCAUUGCUUGUCAACAGGUCGCUGCCGUCUAAAAGGAACAGCGUGAAAUUACGUAAUUGCACACGCGCGCGAUCGCCGUUGACUCCAUAUUUUGCGAAGGUUUUCUAAAGUGCAUCGCUGAGCAGGAAUUUUGGGAAUGUCGGAAUGGGGAUGCACUUUGGAUUUCCACGUCAGAAAGAAAAAAAAAGUGCAGGAAAAAGAACCUGCUAUAAUUGCUUUGUUUGAUUUCACUCACCGCUGUCUUUACGCAGUUAAAAGGAACGCUGCAUAUAAUGUUGACCUAAACCUAGUAAGGAAAGCUUUAAGGUCUUCUCCACAACUUUGUGUUUCCAGGCACAUUUUUCAUUAGGCGCUUUUCUCCGGUCACUGGUUAACAAAGGUGGAUCUGAAGUUGAGAGAGAGAAAAAAAAGGCGUAGUUUCACGCGAAAACGUAGGUGCCCAUGCUCGUGCGUUACACACACACACCCAAACAGAAACGACGCGCGGAGUCGCUAGUCUAUGAUGCUACAUUACUGUGCCGUUGCGUCGAUGGCUGCACAAGUCGUAAUGAGACGCAAAACGAAAAAAAAUGACACGAAACAUGGAACCGUGACACCUUCAUUUAUCGCCUGCGCAAGCUCUUAGGCUGUUGGAACGAUUUUUCAUUCAUUGCUUUGGCAUGUGUGAAACUAGGCUUCGUAGAGAAAUGGACAUCUCUCAAUUCUCGGGCAUGGCUUGUUUUUUUUUUUUUUUUUUUUUGAGGGAUAUCGUCCACAAGUAUAGAAAGCCUACAUUCGACAUCUCAGCUGUGGAAAUAUUUGUUAACGAGUCACAUAUGAAGGUUGGGAUAAAUAAUUAGCUUGCUAAGGGUAUAAGCGCACCGUAAUUAACUUAAAACGACAGCGCCAGAAGGUACUGAAAACAAGUUGCACUUCCAAUUUAUUAUUUGCUGCAAACGCAUGCAGUCGCAGUUUUCCUGACAAGGAAAUAACAAAAAAAAAAACGACAGAAGGCUGAACAGAACAAUUGACUCUGCUGGGCAGCCAGCAGCUUCGCCUAAAUCAGCUAAAUUUCGACUACUGGCACCGGAAAAGAAGAGGCUAGUCAGUCAUUGUGUAAUGUACUCAUUGUGUCUAUUUAUAUAUUUAUUGAACUAUUUAUGAAAAAACUCAUUAUUUAUUUAUUUAUUUAAGCACUUCGUCCUCUUCGUUGGGACGUUGAGAACCAGUCGCCUGGCGCGCAUGGAGCAGUGUCGUCGGCUUGCGGGCGCGUCUGCAAAGCAAGUCGAAACGCCGCCUGCUACAGAGCUUUGUUCGUUCACUAGUCCGAUUGCGGCCAAAGAUCUUAAUGGGCCAGCCGCAUGACCUGUUGGUUUGUCAACCCAAAUGCGGAGCCUUUUUCGUUAGGGAAACGUGAGGAACAUAUAACAAACGUUCAAGUUCCGAGCAAAUUAUUUUUUUUGUCGCGAAAGAAACGCUUAAAUUUGCAGUUUGAUAUAAAUUGAUAUACAUAUUUUUAUUCCUAUUGGCUUUCUCUGCAUCGUAAGUUGAGCGAUAGUUCAAUGGAUAGGUUCCUGGGUAGCAUCUUAAAAAAUUACCGAGUGCGGCUGUAAAUUAUGGCUCUGGAAGUUUUUAAAGCGCGUUGAUUUCUGUUAGUCGUAAACUAAGUCAUUUAUUCAUUAUAUCCAAUAUUUAUUCUUGACUUCAUUUUGAGCUCUUAGGCGUUCGUACUUAACCGUUCGGUAUUAAUUUCUCUCUUCCAACUCUUCCUGUAACAUACUUUUGCACGAAACGCUUCAACUCAGUUUGAGGUUAGGACAGUAAAGGGUUGCCUGUGAAAGUGUUGUAUUUAUGUAUAAUGUGCAUUUGGCAUUGUACUAUGUUGUACACAUUGUAGAGUGUGCGUGAAGCUUGUAAGUGGAAAAAAUAGUCGCCCGUGCAUCGUCAUUACUUUCCAAUUGUAUCUUUCUGGCACCAUGACUUAUCGCACACUUUUCUAUCGCAUGAACCUUUCUGAAACGAGGCUGCCCGGUUAUCUGUAGCUAUAGUAUGUCAGUUGUCCAGUGUUCUCUGCAACGCACAAGCCAUUUCGCGUACGCUACGUCACUGUCUUCCGCCGCGUUGCUUUCGAGAGCAGCGCAGAACGUGUUCAUCGCGAGGAGCUCCUAAAUAUACAGUGAAACAUAAGUGAAACUAGGUGAUUGUCUUCUUUCUAAAGAUAACGCUGUUUCUCGCCAAAUCAGUCGGACGGAAAGUUUGACAAUUGCACCGGAAAAAGGCAGAUUUGUGAAAGAAAGUGCGCGAUCGUCGUAAUCACUACCCGUCGACGUAACCAAAGGGCUCAUGAAAACAUACCUUCAAUUCGCCGUUCGAUAUCGUUCAGGAUGCUCCUUGCGAUGCACACCACUUUGUGCGAUUUGUGCGAGCCGCUUGCGCCGCUAUCUAUAGGAUGAGGGUGAAUAAAUUACCGCGUGAACUGUAUUGGCCUGAAACUAGGGUUGUUGUAUAGAAUACACAAGCUACAAUUGGAUGACUAGCCAUGUUAUAUCCAAUAGAAUUUUCCGUACACUUGUUAAACAUUUAAAAAGUCUACCAUGCCUGAGGGGUCAGGCUUCUUUCGCGAAAAGACUUGCUACUGGAAGACGAGUCCUGAGAGUUGUCUUAUUAGUCUAAGCAGUGAACUAGUGUCCACUCUUUGACGCUGGGUCCACGGUGUAAGAUAUAUACUCUUCUUACACCCUGGCUGGGGCAUAUUUUGCAGUUGCAUCUCUUGUAGAAACCUUGGUGCAGUGAAGGAUUAUGCCAUAGGAGCUACGGCACGUACAAUUCGACGAACGCUUUAUUUCUCGAAAAGCAUUUGACGAAACUAGCGCAAGCACUCACACAAAUCGUGACUUAGUACUUUAUCUUAUCUUCGUUGUCGAAGGGCCGCAGGCAGCUAUCGCCGCCGCCACAUUGAGUGAAACUCUAGUCCUAUCGCUGACUCACACAGACCGAAAAAAAAAGUCAUGCAUCCAUCGAUUUGUCAUGUGAAAAUGGCCCACAAGAAGCGUACACUGCUGAUCUCAGGUCUUCGUCACUCACACGUGUGUUCGAAUAUUUGUACACUAUGGUCAGAACAUUGUACGUCUAAGUGUCCGUGUGCAAAGCACUGCUCUCUCACGUGUGUCUCAUGUAGCCUUGCUUGGGAAGGGCGAGCCUUUCUCACAAGGUCAGUGUUUGUAAAUGUCACCCCCAAUCCCCAAGCGGGGUUUCUCCUCUUCAACGCCAGUCAAUGUUCUUCAUGCAAAUGAAUACAGUCACGAGCGUUGCCGAUCUUUUGCGGCCGUAUGAAGCUUGGACAUCGCACUCUGUUGUAAUUAAACACCGCUUAAUGCAUCAGCACAAUGCACAUUCAUAUGCACCAACACCCCUUGCGAAAUGACGUGCGAAUGUCACUCCUGUUAAAGAUGUAGAGAAAAUUGUGCUUAACAUACACGUUUCACUUCUGUGUGACUGUCCCUGAACAUCUGUUGCGCGACACUUGAUGUUUCAGCGCGCAAAAUUGCAAGAAUGUUUACGUGUAUGAAUAUUUAUUAGAUUUUCAGCACCCUUGACUAUGUGCAUGCCACCCUGUGAUGGUUUUGCUGGCGUUCAUGGAGAAAUGUGUGCGUUACCCCCUGUUUGUAUUUUAGAGCGCUUUCGCUGCUUUAAAAGUGUGCGGUUUUGCAUUGUAUUAUGUGUUAUCUGCUGUAAGAAAUUGCCGCGGCUUUGCGACUUAAAUGUGACCCGGUGUGAUAACAUCUCGAGUGAGUGUCGAGAUGUUUUUCAUUUACUCGCUUGCGUCAUUGUAUAGGUGUGUGUGCUUAUAUAAUGUAUCGCUUUGCAGCGUGUUCUUUUUUUUAAGGGUUGGGGAAGGAGGGGGGGGGGGGAUCAAUCUUUCCUCUCGGCUGAGUCCAUCCCAGUCUUGAACCUAUGCAGCGUGAGAGUGAGUGAAAGAAAGGGGGUUGAGGAGGCAUUGAUUCACAGAUGUGACGCCGGAUUUACGUCACCGACUUGCACGGACCAAUGGGAAAGCUAGGAAAGUGCUCCGAAAUGAGAGUGCAUGACCAUAACAUAAAAGCAAAGGCUGAACAGAAACUAACAUGCAAACAAGCACAAACAUGCAGACAAACACACACGAAGGCUGGCUUAAUGUUUCACGAUUGAAAUGAAACGAAGAAAAAAAAAGUGGGGUUUGCAGAUCGCGGUUUCCUCGAAACAAAAGUGUUUGUGCCACCUUGGCCGCAUCACAAUAUUUUUUUUCUGUGCAAAAUUCAGGCAUUUAAGAUGGGUGAAAUUUUUUUUUCAGGUAAUCACUUUUUAAAACAAACUUUUACUCAUGAUCUUUAGAGGGUCGUGUUUCUAGCAUGCUGGUCGAGCACUAUACUUCGGAACCGAGUCACAGAGAGCAGGUGACAACGCAGUAGCUGGUUGUCGCUGCUUUCUGUGGCUGCCGUGUUCGUGAUCGCAUUCAUUCGAAAACUCCUUUUUUAUAUUAUCGGCAGCGCGAUGAAAAUCUGCCAACUUUUAGAAACUCAACUUGACACUGAAUUUAACAUUGCAUUGACACGUUGGUUGAGAACAAGCCAAGGUUUUUGACUCUGCGGUUUAAACCAAACAGCCCAUUAACAUGACCAGAAACACACAAUGUACACACGAUUCACUGCAUAUGUAAAGUUUGGUUGUAUGUCUUUUUCUUUUCGUUUGAUGGUACUGCUUGUUUAGAUUCAAGCUAUAUUUACAUCCAUAUAUUUAUGUUUGCACCAAGCUAGUCGCGUCUCACGUGCAGAAAUUUAUUUUUAUUUUGCUUAGUUUCACAUUGCUUUGUAUCUGAAGAAGUUUGUGUUCUUUUACGCUACAAGCACAUUGUGAGUUUCAUCUUUUGUUGUUUUCUCGGAACGUUUGGUCGAGAAACGUUACUUUGUUUCACCAUUUGCUUGAGUUGCACAUUAUCCCCGCCUGCUUGUUUUGCUGUCAAAGACUGACCUCAUUGCAAACAAGAACGCUUGUUUUGUCAAAUCCUUGGUUUGGGUUUGUUUUGAUUUCCUCAUUUGCUUUUUGGCCCUGCGUUUGCCUCUGUUUUGACCCUGAGUUUCCACAGGCACCCGUCUGAAGCAUGAAAACAGUUAUCAAAAUGUACUGCUUUGUCCAAAGCAAAGACACAAUACUGUCUGCCAUUCCGCUUUCAAUGUUCGCAUAUUGUCUGUCAGAAAGAGCAAGAAGAAUAUGUAUUAAAAGUGUGUCCCAUUUUUUAAACCGACUAAUGGUUUUCCUUUGUUUCCUUGAGUUUGUUUUUGCAUGCGUUUGUUUUAGUUUUUGUUUCAUUUCAUAUUUUGUGUUUGUACCCAUUCGUUUUACUUUUACCACAGCACUAUAUAAAUUUGAAGGCCAUACGUCGCCCAGCUUGGUGCUCAAACGAAUGUAAAUUUGGCGGAGUUAGGUGGCAGUUACGUCCCUUUCAGGGCUACCUUCGUGAGAAAGCUGAAAAAUGGUGUUUGAGACCAAGUUUUACACAAAACACUCUUUACGCCAUGGUUUAGGUGCACCUAAAAACUUUCUUGGGUAUGUAUGCCCAAGGUUGUCGUUGGGUUUUCACUUGGUAUCUUUCACAGGUAAAACCCGUGAUUUCCGCACUCACAUAACACUAUAAAUGAUUUGGCACAGAGAAAGUAGUGCCCCCGCUGACUGCUGUUGCAGUCGUUAUAGAAUGGUACUAGUUUAGAGGGCGGGAUAACGCUGCGUCACCACAGGCGCUGAACAACCAUGUCGUGCCCAAGCGCCAACUCGAAUUCAAAGGUGCUAACUCACUGAAUUGUUCUUACGACGCUUCUAGCACAGAUAGUCACUGAAGUCACGUCAAUGAAAUCGCUUAAGUCAUUAUCGUGCCCAGAACGUUGACUGCACUAAGGUUACUGCAAAUUGGUUCGUAACUACGGACAGAUUCCAAUUCUUUCAUAGUGCUUUCUUUGUUAUUUUGUUUCAGCCAUUAAGUAGAGAGUGCGAUCAUUUGAUACAACCAAUGACAGCAGGACAUAUGGCGAAUUCGACAGCUCAUAAGAGUACGCAAUAGCAACCUUGCAUAAUUUCAUACUGUGACGACAAGGAAAUAAUUUGACGCUGUAGUCGUUCAAACGGCGUGGGAAUCGAUGGUAGGGCAUAGAUUUUCUACUGUAUAGCAGGAUAUCUUAGGCAAAAGACACUUCUGGUUCUUGUGGCACAAUUCGCUACCAAUAUUUUAGAUCUGUUAAACUAUGAAAUCUGACGACUAUGGCACUGUUACUCGUUUUAUCGCGUAGUUCUCAGCGAAUACUUGCGCCUCGACCACGCGUGAGUAUGCCACUAAAUUAUCUCAACAGGCAGCAACACUGACCGCUUAUAAUUGUUUGGCAUCGCCGCCAUAUCUUUUUCCUUGCAGACUUCUGAAAACAGCCUAACGUCCGCCGUCGGGACAAUAGAAAGUGGCUCUUGCCGAAUGACAAGUUAGGUAUGCAAAAUAAGAACUUGCGAGUACAGCUUAGGUAACGAACAAAGUUACGACUCAAACAUGUGCAGCUCGAUUAUAAUAUGGUGUGCGGAUCACCGUGGUGGUGACUCGCGUUGUUACUGCUGCCAAGCUCUCCUCUAAAAUUCCCAAUAGGGCUUUGCACCCAAGGGCUUAAAUUCGGGGUGAAAUUUUUUAUUCCUCUACGCUCCUUGUUCUCUCACUCUCUCUCGCGAAUCUAUGUCUCUUGUGUAUUGAAACUCGUCAAUCGCAGCGGACAAGCGUUUUCGACAGUGUAGUUUUAUCAUCGUUCUGUAGCAGGGCUGGGCGUCGGUCCGACAUAUCCACCUGCUUUAAUUACCGGCGUCUGGCCUACCGAUUGCACGAAUAAUCAAUUAGUUGUAUUGAUCCCGUAAACCUGCAGUAGGAAAUCGCUUUCGACGCUUGUGGCAUGGAACAUUAGUCUCGGUGAUACGGCGGGUGAGAUGACCUUCACUUGGACUUUUGUGUAUUUUUUUCUAGCCCAGCUAGAAUUGAUGUUGAUGAUGAUCACAUUUUCAUGCAGUGUUGUUGGCGUACAUAGCACUGAAUAUUCGGCUGCAACGGCAUGCGUUUUUAUUGGAUGCGGUAGCAUACGGGUUUAGACUAAGUUUAAGAUAAAAGGUUUUGGUUCUUCACAAGAAUAUCUGCGUCGUUCGGAUGACGUGCCGCUUAAGCUGGCGUAAAAGCUAAUAGCAUUCAAGCAGCUGGUGGUUCGAACAGCAUGGUUAAUGGAGGGAUCGCCCAGCCCUGCUACGACAGAAAAAUGAAUGUAUAAGCGUCACCCCGAAGUCCUUCGAGUGCAGCUAUACGACUGAAAGGACUGUAUAGAGUGUUUUCAACUUUUCCGCCUUCUGGAUAUUGGUGUUAUACUGCUGUGUCGUCUGUGAUCGCAAAAUGAUCUCUCCUCAGUGCGGUUUGGAUGUUAUUGCGCAUUUGGUAUCUAUUGUGACAUUUCUGUUUGUGAGGUGCUGUUGCUGAUGGCGCCUUUGUGUAUUUGUUUUGACAGGUGUUCUCUCUCGUAGCACAGACGUUCGAGGCUUCACUGCGUGGUGCAGUGAAUGGUAACCUGACUUGUCCUGACUUCUCACUGAUAUCGAGGCUACAUUUUUGUGCUUCUUGUUUUGCGCCCAAAGUUUCAUUCAUACAGUUGAAGCUCAGUGGUCUACCUAAUUUACACACAUUCCUCUAGAGAAUUCUCUGGCGUUUCAUACUUUGUCAUUCCAGGCGAUAAGCGAGCUUUAAAAAGCUGGUAUCCCGUAGGUUUAUCAGUUGGACAUUCCCGUUAUGAUAGUCAACGUGAACGUGAUACGCUGAGCUAUGAGCACUCAGGUAUUCAUGUUAUCUGAUAACAUUCCCUGGCCUUAUACAGGAACAUAGUUGUUAAAUUGUCAAGUACUCUGGAAUAAUUGAAGGUGCAAUAGCUAAGACACUCAUACUCUUAUAAUGUUAAAGAAAGAAGUCACUCUUUAAGUGCCAGCAUAGAAAUGUUCACACAGUUUUUUUAUCUGACAUAAUUGAAAGAUCUCGCAGCAUUCGUACUCUUCAUCUGUAAGUGCUGGCGGAAAAACAAAAAAACGUAAUUGCACUGCACAAAAGGCAGUUGGUCGUCUGCAACGGCUCUGCGUUGGCUGUUUCAUUCUAAGAAACGUCUCUCAACAUGUAACGAUAAUUUUGCUUCUGCUUCCCAGGCAGCAUCCAUCAUUCCAGAUCCGCCUUGUAUGGCGGUUCUCUCUGUACUUCCCAGACAUUCCAAAGUCACUCGAUUUCAAGAUGGCGAAGCCUCUGGAACGUUUUUUCCCCCGGCUGACACGGUGAUCACGUUAGACAAAACAGGUCGCGGCAAAACACUGCCCCCUACACACCGGCUGUGACUGCAAUGUUCGGCGCGGCAAGUUUUUUUUUUUAUAUAUAUAUAAAUCUCGCACGGACGAGAGACACGAAAGGGCAAUCGCAUGCCGCGUAAACACUGAUAUAUAUCUUCGACAAAGUGUAAUAUAUACAAAUAGUAUUUAUGAACAACGAAACGUUCUUUGCCGCUCCGGCCCCUGUUUCCCAUGCCCUUGGAACGACGAAUGUGUCGUAUUGCGCGACGGGCGAGCAAACCACGGUGCCCAUCCUUUGGGCAAUUGGUGCGACAAUGCCGUCUGCUCGAACAGCGUUUCCUCGAGCCUGGCAAAAAUCGCCCCAGGGAUGGAUCGGGGUGUCACGGUAUUUUGCUACCCAGAGCACGCGGUGGCGUGAUUUGUGGGGAUAAAACACGAACGCGCUACACGCAAGGCAUGUGCAAUAGUAUAUGUGUAUACUAAAGAAUUUCGCGUUCGGUGUUGGCGGGUGCUUUUUUUCUUAGGCCGUACUGCGAGGCGGCGCCACCUGAAAAAUGACAGUUACUAGGACGAGGGUGAGAGUCUAUACAAGCGCAGUUUCCUAAACCAAACACUACGCGGCACCACGGUCGGGUGCGCGAGAAGAAAAAAAAAGUGUUUUUGCUCACUUGGUCCCGGAGGCUUCGUGCCCUAGCUACCCUAUUCUUGUUUGGGGGAUCGCAGGGACGGCUCUAGGCGGGAGUACUUCUCCAGCACUUGCUACCACGCUCACGCGUUACAGAACGCGCUGUACAAAUGAAAACGAGAAAUACGUUUCUAUAUCCCUUACAACCUGUCCGCGGUGUCUCCUGUGAAUAUCUCUAUGACGACAUUAAAAAGAAAACACAGAGGCUUUUUUGAGUGAGGUUCAAUGAGAAUUGAGUUUCUACGCAUUCCAGCCCUUUCAUGUGAGGUGACAAUAGUCGCGAGACUCGUUGCAUAUUCGUACGUUCAAGGUCCAUAGACAUCUUCGUUUCGCGUUGCGAACAUGCCUGAACGUGUAUUUUCUGCGGGGCCGCUUUCUUGAUUUCGGCAGCAAGCGUGGAGGUGUCGGGAACGCGACACACAUGGAAUGACGUGCGACGCAGAUGGCCACCAGGGCGCCGUAUAACACUCGCGAUACGUCCCGUCGUGGGGAUACACAGACAGAGUUCCUCGAAGGAAUGACGUUACUGGUGCCUGUGCUCACGUCACGUCGGGUCGUUCUGCCCUUCCUUUCUGAAACACAAAGCCCAUCUUGUACUUCUUGGAAGUGGGAAGCGCUACGAGCAGUGAGGUAAUCGGUGUGGGACACUGGUUUCUACAAGCUAAACCUCUGGAAACGGAUAUCGUUGACGUAAGCGGUUACGUCACGAAUGAUGGCGCUCAAUUCAGGAAGCUCAGCUCGGCGAAAGACUUAAGAAUGAGCGGGAACGCGCAUCUCAUACUUUUUACUCGGGGAGGGUUUCGUCGUAUCAACCAAGCGCAGUCACAACCAACAUCCCAACACACACAUUCGCCAUCGGCAGCUGUCGCGAUUGUCCCAAUUGCUGCUUUCUGCGUCACUAUUGAGGCGUCGUAAUGCAAGAUCGCACUCUAUUUUUGCGUCGCUCUUUGCUUGCGGGCCCGUCGCGCUCCGUUUCCGUUGCGUCAGCUCGCAGACACGCACACGAACACUUCAUGGUACCUCCAGAAGGAGCGCUGCAUGCCCGCCAUCUUCGCAAUCUCGAGACACGUUUCGUAUUACCUUUGUUUCUUUAGCUAGAAAGCACGCAGAUCAAGAGAGGCCGAGCAUGGUUUAACGUCAAGUCCUGAGCCAAGCUUGGAAGUGAAAUUCAUUGGGGGGCGGAGACCGCCUCGCGGAAGCUGAGCGGAUUCUCGUAGUGCCCGCGUAAGAAGAAUGACACGCCCGAAUGUAAGAAUGUGUUGCAGUUGGGGAAGACAUACACUGACAGAUAUAUAGAUAUAUAUAUAUAUACAUGUAUACACGCAUACACAAAGUUUAUAUAUACCUGAGGGGGCAAGAGAGACGAAGGCGUUCAGGCCGGUGGUUUUUAUUGCGUACCGCGUGUAAAACUGUGGACAAGUUAAGCCUAUUUACACACAUCGUAAACACUCUUAAGAGAAGAGGAAGCUCUCCACGCUGCUGAAGCCGCCCUUUUUCCACCUAUUUCCUCUCAUUGUGACAGUACGUACGCUAAGCGACUAUUAUAUUAAGCGUAGGUGUCUUUUUGUAUUCAAUGGCCCCGUACACCGUUCGCAACCGGCGUCCUCUUUAUCCGUUUUACGGAACUCCCCCACGUCCUCGUGCCCCGUCGUGCAGUAUAUGAGUAUUUUAGUGGCGAAGCUUCGUCCGUCUGCGUGCAGUCGUGUGCGCUGCUGCCCGGAAGUGCUCCGCGUGCUCAGGAUGACGUGCGAGGUCACUUCCGGUUGCGCAGAUCCAGUGACCGGCCGGUUCGGCGUCAAGGUCGUCUGCGUCGCUUUCGCGCGCGCAUGACUUCAGCCAGGUGUUACGUAUAAUUAAGCCCUUAUAGAGUUACUUCUCCGCUCACCGUAUACUGUCCAGGUUUGCCUGUUCGUCUGUCUAUUUCGACGUCUGCUUGCGUAGGUUCGUUCUUUUAUUCCGACCCUCGCCGCUUUCCUCAUCGCCUUCUGGAAUCACGACUGGUGGGGAAAACCAGACACUGAUUGCGUUCCGAAUGCAAGCACCUUGGCUGAGCGGAGAAGCGGCGGUUUCAUCGUCGGCUGCAUUGGAAUUGUAAAAAAGGACGGGUCUAUGUGAGAACUUUAAGAGGCAGACGCUAUUUUCGUGUAACGUGAGGCGCAGGAUGAAUUCUGCGUGUGUAGGCUCCAGCUACGGAAUUGCUAAGGUUUCGUAAAGCGAUUUGUUCAGCCCAUCCCCAAGAGAGCGCUAGUAAAUAAGCGCCGUGAACACGGCUGAUAAUCUCAUCCUUUCAUGCUUCUGUGCUGACGAUCAACGCAACAACGAAAGGAAGGGUUUGGGAACAAGCCGACUUCGCAGUUCUCCGCGCUUAAUCCGUCGCAAGGUUUCCCGUGGUUGCGAGUAACUGAUCCUGCACAGUUUACGAUACAUGAACAUCUUUUCUCGUUCUGGGAUUUGCAGGCAAAUGCUGCGUGCUUGAAGAACUCAAAGCUCUGGAAACCGCCGCUCGUAGUUCGAAGGCGAUGAUUCUUUCUUCCUUUUUUUCGAGGGGCGAGGAGAUGAUGCGUGUUUUGGCGACAAACUGAAAUGCUCUCCACAAAUAAAAAAAAGGAAACAUGGCAGAAUAUUUUAUGUCACGGUAAAAGUAAAAUCAUAUACAAAAGAAGCAUCUCGAGCUAUUUUAAGGUUUCUUCGAGCACGUGUUUGCCAUCUUUUGGCUGCGCAAGCCCCAACCUCCCUCCUCCCCCUCUCAAAACUUUAUGCCCCAUAUCCUUACCCCUGCUUCCCUUUCCUCCGGGCUUUUGACCUUUGUGCAAAGCCGCUAGCGUCUCAUAAACUUUGCAUCUAGAAUUAUAUGUAUGCUUUUUAGUCGUGUGUCGAAAGUAAUCUCUACUAACUAUCUUUUCGAUGUCCACUAUGCUUAUUUAAACGAUGGUAUACUCUCGUAAAACUCUGUGUUCGUUGAAGUUACGCUAACCACAAGGAGGCAUUGUUUCGUCUUUGUCAGGCGUGGCAUUAUUUUACUGCUUUGGUUUUCUACGCUGUUUUUUUCCGACCCAUUUCUCGGCUUCUGCAAUGAGAAAGUAUUUUCUUGUGACGACUGUAUGAUGUGAUUUUUUCUGACAUUUCUGUCCAAGGUUGGCUCUUUCUACAUUGCAGCCGCUAUUAUUUAUGUUACGAUUUGGCAUUUAUAUUGUCACAGUGCCCUGGAUAAGUCCACGCUUCCUUCGUCACCGCGACGUAAAAGUUUGGUCAAGUCAUGGACUGUCAUGACUGCAAAGUGCGGUUGUUACCCGUGUAGCCUUGAGCGGCAGGUCUCCUUGUCAGAAAAUUUUCAGUACAGGAUAGCGAUUAUCUUAUUUUCUGGCAUUUUGAUGCUUUCACGCUAAGCUUGACGAUCAAUGCCUCUGAGACUUUUUGCUUGUAAUACUGUUUAUUCAAUGUUUAGUAGUAGUUAGUUGGAUUGCUGGGUUUCCCAUUUCUUCAUUGCCGACGUGGGUUGCCACUUUGGUGGAGCACGACUUCCAGCGGAAGAAACGUUCGCGUGGACUUCGCUUCCCGCCACGGAGCGGGAAAAAAUGGGAAGCCGUUCGGUUUCUGAAGCCGGGGCUCGCGAGGCUUAAGCUUAACCCACGAAGGAAAGUGUGAGAACAAAAAAGUGAAAUGCUGAAAACUAAAUGCAAUUGGCCACGUUUUUAGGCUCGGUUACAAUCUCCGUUGUGCUUUCGUCAUGAUUCCAAGCACUCAGAUCGCAGGCCCGCGAGUGCAUUGCGCAUGCGCGCAUGAUAUGUAAGAUUUAUAGGCCUACUCGCCAUUCCCCAAAUAUGUGCUGCAUCACUGCUAUAUCUACGUUGUAAAUUCUACAUAUUACCUCUGUGUAACGAACAAGGUUAUUGCCAAGAAAAGCGGUGGGUACGCUAAUGUCAACCUAGAUAUUCACUCUAGGCUAAUAUGCGGCUCAUACUUUGACGCCAAGAGACACUCGGAAACAGCAAAGAUUACGUGUCUAGGGAUGGUCAUACUAAACUUCAACUGAAAUCGGUGAGAGUGAUGCCACCUCUCGCUAAAUAGCCGGACGGCCUCUGCCGCCUUCCUGUUAAAGGCAUCAGAGGGUGAAGAAAUCCAACAGUGCAAGAAAGUAGCCUUGUCAUUUCGCCAAAACGCUGCCCACAUAAAAGCUUAAAAGCACAUAUUUUUGGCAGCAGCGUCGUGCGCGGUGUGCUGCUGCUACUUCGUUUCGACCGUCCACUUUCGGCGAGUGAUUCGGGCCCCGCGUUGACGCAUGCGCAAGCACUCGCGCAGGCCUAGCAGAUUUUGGUUACCGCGGUUGAUGUCACCAAUUCGUCGUGCGGUUUGACGUUUGCCACAUUCCUUCCCGUACUUGUGCGCUAGAUCUCUCCGCAGGGAGCCACCAAUUUAGGUGUGAAGAGACACAAACAAACAAAAUAUGGCCGCCGGAGCUGCGCCCGAUUUGUCCCCCUUUUGAUCCGACGCCGCAUUCCGUUCGUCGUCACCGGCCGAGCCUGUCCGAGCUGCUUACACUCGCAUUCCCUACCGCAUUCGCCGUGCCGAUGCCUCGGCACCGUUCAUUCGAUGACUGGUCGAUAGGGCUAUGCGAAAUGGGGCGGGAGAUGAUGGUCUCUGGCUACAGGGGGAACACUACUUGCUGUUGGGCUCGUUGGUUCAUACUCGUUGUGGUGAAUUAGGGUGCGAAACGAUAUGAGCUAAUGAACAGGACAGGGGAAAACUUAGUUGCGAGUGACGCUAUCGCUUGUCCCAUCCCUUAGUUCAUAUUGCCUUCGCGUCCUCUUUUCCACAAAGUGAACACUGCGUACUAGAACCAUAUCGCUUAAGCGACGCCGACAGUCAGUAAGAAAUGGAUCCGCUAACUUUCAGCUGAACAUUUACAUUCAAAGGUGGCGCGUUAAUACGUAAGCUUGACGACACCAAUGACGAACAACCCGCGGAAACAAGGCCAGGCGACAAGUCAACGUGCAGUACUGCAGUGUCAAUAUGGCCAUUUCAUUUCUACUCAGUUAUUUCUUGUCUGCGUCGCUUAAACGGUAUGGCCGCAGUACCUCUAUAAAACCAACUAGCCCAAAUGUUUAGUCCUGAACACCUUUUUGACUGUGUGCCACAGUGGUUCAGCCAAGAUAGCGUUCGUCUGCGUAGCCUGGAAGUCGAGUGUUCGAUCCCAGCUGCGACAAUUGCAUUCCAUAGGGAGACGAUUGGGAAACUGUCUGUAUAACGUGCAGUGGGUCAGGGCAUAUAACCCAGAUAACUGAAAUUAUCCGGAGUCCAAAACUUUGGCGAAUCAUUUCCGAAUUCUGGCAAUUUUGUGGAGGUUAAACUGCAUAACUAAUUUUACUGCAUAUCUUAUUCAAUAAGCCUGUGACAUGUGCAAACUACAUAAAUUGACCAAAUUUCGCAAUGAAUCAUGUGCGGUCAUGCAAACCUCGCGUAUCCUGAAAGCCUUGUGCCAAACUCACCUCCUAUGAGUGAAUCCAGCUAGCAUAAAAGCCGCAUCUCUGGGACAAAUAUCAGAAUUGGUACUGACACUAAAGGCUAUAGUGAGUGGGUGACCCAACACUGCGCGCUCAAGUUAGGUAUCGCGGGACGUACGAAAACACUGCCUGGAGCGCCACCCAGCGGUGGAAAGGUAAAUUUCGCGUUCGUUGGUUGACCCCGCCCUCUUCCCUCUUUGAGAAGAUCGGAACGGCCCGGGCACGUUGACGACGGCCGGAAAUGUGCGUGCGGUUCUUUCUGUUCUACAUUUCAAGCGCCCUCUGGCGGCCGGCAAGUACAAACGGCAAACAGCGUGAGGCGUUGGUAACACUCUGGAGCCAAGAUGGCGACCAGUGGCGGUGCUCUGAAUCAACUAGGGAAGAAAAAAAGAUUAAACGCAACCAGAAGCAACGUUUAAACACUCAACACGAGAUGUGCUGUGGGGGUUGCUUAGACAGUUGUGUCCGAUGAAGAAAAAAAAAUGAACGCAGUGAAAUCGUUAAUCGUGAAGUGCUGAUCUAAAAUAGGAAAGCUAACUUAAUAUUUGUCAUUACUGUCGUCUUUACUGUUUCUAUAUAAAAUAAUAAAAAAAUACUGAGAGAGGAAGCCUACCUGUAUGCGACUGGGUUUUAUGGUCGUCUCUUAUUUCGGUGGUAUAUAUUUCUGGAACUCGUAACGCUGUGUUUGUUGUUUGCUGUCUCUGACUCUUUCACUUAGUGGUGUCGUCUUGUCGGAAUGGACUUUUUAUUCGCCUUUUAUGUCGCUUUUACGACGAGAAGAGAGAAAGAAAAAAAAGACAAAACACAAGUACACACUGACUGGAAACAUUGGUUGUGUAUUGAAAGUGCCGAUAUGCAUGCGAGUGUUAAAAAAAUACUCGUCUAUAAAAACUCUCCUGUAAACAGCUUCUAUAGGAAAAUAUAAAAACAUGUAGGCCAAAAAUUAUGAAGUGGAACCGGUGUUUCACCCGACUUUUUUUUUUUUCUUCACGUGCUGGGAACGAGCUCGUGUCCUUGGUAUAUUGGAAAAUGUCUGCCGAUCGACAUUGGAAGUAUUGGAAAUCCCAAUUAGGAAAUGCAAGCAAUCUAGACGCAAAAAUGUGCGCCUCUGCAAUUUGGAAAAUUUUUCGGACUCCUGUGAAUUUUGUGAAGUUCGCGCCACCUGGGGAUCACCACAAGGAAAUUACGACGACCGGUCGGCCAGGUGUGAUCGGGUGAAGCUGGAGAUGCAAUAAAUUUUCCUAACGUUCGCAUAGCGCGGCGUUCACGAAAAGGAGCCUUCCCAACACGUGCGCAACGCAACAGGCGUCGCACCGUCAUUGGAAAAAAUUAAUAUGCAGGAAAACAAACUCCUUGGGAAAUUUUAAUGUUAACCGACGACUGGAAAUUUUUGAGAAUGGCGUCGCGAUGUUGUGAUGCCGACAUUAAAAAUUGAGACGAAACUGCGAUGAAAUAAUAAAGUGCUAACUAAACCAAGAGCUGUAAACAGAGAUUAUCUACAUAAUUGAUAUAUAAAAAAAAGAUGUUAUUCCCGGCAUAUAGUUCUGACUGUACUGCAAUAUUUGUACUUUUCCAUGUUAAUAAAUUUCCAAUCUCUUGGAAAAAGAGUGCUCAUCGCUA